CAUUUCAACUUAAAUGUUGUACGAAAACGUGACAACGAAAACCAAAUUUCAUUAAUGGAAUAACAUUUGGUGAAGAAUUGGAAUUUUUAUAAGAAAAAAAAAGAAAAUUAUUUUUAAUAAGAAAAACGUUAAAAUACGUGAGAAUGUGAUUUCCUUAACGGUGAUAAAUAAAAAAGUUAACUUACUAAUGAAAUUGAUAAAGUGUUAGUUUUUUUCUCUGUGUUGAACUACGUGUGUGAAGCACCCGACCAGGGCUUAUCUACCGCCACCCUCUGGGGUUUUGAAGAAUUUAUAAUAUGUGAAAGAUAUUAAAUUUUAAUUGAUUUACAUUUUGAUACUUAUCUCUGUGUCUAUUUUUCAAAAGAUAAAUAUUAAACAAAUAUUAGGAAAAAGUAAAUAUUAACGGGUGUAUUAUAAGGUUUGAGUUGUUAUUUCAAUUGUUUGAUGUACAUAUUUUCAAUAAGAAAAAAAAAAUAACUACGUUUUAUACAUAUUGAUUAUGAGUAGAGCUGUUUAAUAAAAGGUAUUUUUUUUUGUUAAAUAAUGAUAAAUAACUUCAAAUAAUAUUUACUUUAAAACAGUAUUUAGUUAUAGAAAACAAAUAAUAAAUAAACAAAUAUGUAAAGCCAUAAAUAUGGGUCACUAAAAUGAAAAUACAUAAUAAAACUAAUUGUAAAUUUCUUAAGCUCUUACUUUUCUGAAAUCAUAAAAAAUUCUUAAAUAUCAAAUAAAAAAUUUUGGAAAAUUUAUAAAGUUAAAUUAUAACUAUAAAACAAAAUAAAUCUACUCAUUGAUAACAUAUGAAAAGUGCUUUUUACAUUAUAACGGAUUAAGUCAUCUUAACGAUAUUUAAGCGCCACUAACGUUACGGUUACAAGUUGAAAAAGAGAAGAAAUUCUUAUAAAAUCCAUUUGUAUUGAAAAACAAAAAUAACAUAAAACAAGAAAUAUUACAAAAAAUAACGCAGAAAAAACAUAAUAUUAUAACAUAACAAUUUCGUUGAUAAAACGUGUACAAGUACGUGUAAGAUGGAAAGGAACAAAUAAUGCUAACAAGGAUUAACAAUGGAUUACCUGACAUAAGCAGCUCCCUAACAGCAACAACAACAAUUACAAUAACAGCUACGAUAACAACUACAACAACAUACUACGUACUACUUCCACUUCUGCCACUACUUCUCUAUAAGUUUGGCAAAGAAAAGAAAAAACUCCAAUUCUUAAGACUUUUCCUUUUUUCUCGAUAAAUAACCCAGCAGGCAAUUAAAUGAUUAAACUCAUGGAUUGAAAAAUUCCCAGACAGAGAUAAAAAGAAAUAAUAAAUAUAGAGCUGCGACAAGAGACAGACAACCCGCAAAUAUGUGUGAAGCACGGAAACUCAGUCCAAACAAUUACAAUCAUCAAUAUUGAAAAAGAACAAAAAAAUAUAUUCUUACAUGUCAACCAACAACAUGCAGAGACAUACAAAUAUAUAAAAAAUACCAACAAAGUUUGUUUUUCAACUUCAACGUAAAUAGAAACGGUAACACGCACGCACUUUUGAGAUAAAAAUACUAUGGAAUACAAAAUAUGUAUGUAACAAAAAUAUUUACAAAUAAUUUGCUAAAACUUGGAAAUUAAAGCAAAAAAACAUCAAUAUGUUAAAACGCACUAAAUCAAAUCGUUCUCAAAGAACGGGAAGAAGGCCCUCUGGUCAUGGUGCUGCAAAUAGUGUUAAAUUGGGUUCGCAGCACCAGCAACGUUUGGAGGUGGUCGAUGAUAAGAGAUGCAGUGAUGACGACUCCUCGCAAUCUUCAGUAACGGGGGCACCAGUUUUUGCUUCUGUCCAUCGGCCUAGACAUGUGGGUAUGAAACGAAAUGAAAAUAACACUGCCACCACCACCGCCGUUGCUCUCGCCACAACAAACAACGGAACUACAGCAGCCAUCAUGCAUAUGGGGAAUAAUGCAAUGGCAAUGCAAAGGCCAAGUUAUCAACAAUAUCAGCAGCAAAGAAGAAUACAAUUUCAACAGCAGCAGCAACAACAGCAUCAUCAAUUGCAAAAACAAAUGCAUCUACAACAGCCAUAUCAAGUUGUAAAUGUUGGAAAUGUACAAAUGAGUGCACAACAACAACAGCAGCAAAAAUUACAAAAACUUAAAGGGUCAACAUAUGAAUUAAACUUCCAGCAACAGCCAUCACCAUCAUCGUUACAUCAUUCUCAACAGCAGCAACAACAGCAGCAGCAGGGAGUAAAUCACACACAAUAUUUGCCAGCUGGAAUUGCAAACAUGAAUAGUCCUUCUAAUCGUCCAAGUACUGGUCAGAUACAACAACCACAACAUUCAAACAAAACCCGUAUACCAAUACAACAUCAAAAGAUGACACCACCGCAUCAACAGCAGCAGCAACAACAGCUACUACACCAGCAACAUCAACAACAAGCAACAUUCAAUCAGAUUUCAAAAAAUGCCACUAAUUUAUUGAAUGAUAUUUACGAGCGUAACUUGUUGAGUCAUACAACAUUUCAGGAAAAUGAGCAACAGCAGCAACAACAACAUUUACAAUUUGCUAUACAUCAACAACAGCAGUUGCAACAAAAAACCCUCAAUAGAGCUCAAAUACCUUUGCACAAUCAGUUACAAAAUUCCGGACAAAUUUGGUUGCAUAAAACUCCCAAAGCACAAAUACAUUCAAUGAAAUUACCCACGCCACCAGCACAAACUGCAGUUACACAACAGCAAACUGCCACAUACCAACUUUCUGAUUCGUAUGUGGAUCCUGUGGAUACCAAAAAACAUUUCCUAUUCGAUGCCCACAACCACCAACCUCCACCACCACCGGCGCCUCUUAAUCAUGUUUAUGAAACUAUUAAAGAGAGACCACCCAUGCCACCUCCACCACCAGAGCGUAAUCAAAAUAUGAAUAAUCCGCCGCCAUUACCACCUUCAAGACUACUGAAGAAAAAACUAAUGGCAGCAGCAGCCAAUAAUCAAAGUAACACUUCUAAGAGCCACAAAUCUCACAAAAAAUCAGCUCAUGAUAAAGAUCUGGACAAGAAACCCCAUAAUAGUAAAAUGUUGCAUAUACAACCACCUGCCUAUGUAGCACCACCACCUCUCUUGGCUAAUGGAACUAAUAAAACACCAUCCCAGUAUCCUUAUAGUUUACAGCAAAGAACCAAAGCGGAUGGAGAACAUAGAAGUAUAUUGUAUCAACAGUUAAGGGAACAAAAUCAAAAGCAACAACAGCAACAACAAAAUAAAACUCCCACAAAAAAUGAAGUUAAUGAAAAAGUGCAACAACUACCAGCAGGCAGUAGUUGCAUAAACAAACAUGUUGCCAUUAAACAACAGCAUCCGCAGUACUCCCAACAACAACAGCAAUGCACGCGUGAACAUCCUUUAGGUGCUCAUGAUGAAAAUCACAUGCAAGCUCCCCCACUACCAACACAAAAUGCUAACAAUAACAUCCCCUCAACACAUACUUCUACGGCCACUUCCAACCCGGAGUCAAUGAUGAAUAUUACAUUGGAUGAACAUGAUGCCCCACUUUCGGUUGAGCAUACUUUACAACAAGCCGGCUUAUUGCCACAAUCCUCCACAAACUCAGUGUCGGUGAAUGGUAACAAUAACAACGUCAGCAACAACAACAUCAAUAGCAAUAAUAAUCGCAACAAUAGACCUUCCGCCUUGCCUAUCGUGUUUGAGGAAGAUACUGGAGAGUUUCAGGAUGUUUUAGUGCUCGAACAAGAUGGUACGGCAAAGUUACCGUAUCGUCAUGGUAAAAAAAUUGAAGUCAGUCUUGAAACGGCCCAGGCUAUGGCUGCUGCCGCCUAUUAUGCAAGAGCGGCACAAAAACUUGCACAAAGUACAUCAACAAAAUCGUCAGCACGCACCAGCGAUAUGACAAAUACUUCCGCACGCAAUGGUGGUUUUUGUGGUGCCUUACAGAGGGCGCCACCGCCCAUGCCGCCCGGUCUAGCGCGACGUUUAGCCAACAAGGAAAAUUAUGGCAUUGGCAAGGUUAAAGUAAUGUUAAGGGUAGCAGAUACUCAUACAGACUUAGAACAGCCACAUUUCAUGACAGUGGAUAAGAAAAAGAGACAAGUGACUUUAACAGAUCCAGCAGCUGCUUCCAAUGUGGCGGCUUCUACUUCCCAGGAACGGGGACCUAUGGUUGCUGCACCCAAAAUGUUUGCCUUUGAUAGUUUAUUUACGGCAGAAGAUCAACAGUCUGAUGUUUGUGCAUCUGCCUUGUCUGAAGUAAUCCCUGCCGUUUUAGAAGGUUCCGAUGGCUGUCUGCUUACUAUUGGUUAUCCCAGUUCCGGUCAGUCGAAGACAAUGUUGGGCGGUGUUAAUCCACCCACUGAAUUAGGUGCCAUUCCUUGUGCCAUUUCUUGGUUGUAUAAGGGCAUUAACGAGCGUCGCCAAAAGAGUGGUGCACGUUUUUCAGUGCGUGUUAGUGCUUUGGGCGUGAGUGCCACAAAACCAGAUUCAACGUCAAAAGAUUUGUUAGCAGCUCAUGCAACGGACUCUGAUGACUCUCCGGGGGUUUAUUUGCGUGACGAUUUUCUGGGUGGCCCUACGGAAUUGCGUGCCCCUACUGCUGAACGUGCUGCCUUGUUCCUAGAUGCUGCUUUAGCUGGAAGACCACAAGGGGGUCUUGAGCCUGCCAUGAUAUUUACCCUGCAUGUCUAUCAAUACAGUUUAUCACGCAAGGGAGGAGUGGCUGGUGGCAGAAGUCGUUUGCAUCUUAUUGAUUUAGGUGGCUGUGCCAAUCGUAGUGGUGGUCUUCCAUUAUCCGGCAUAGGUAACAUUUUGUUGGCUAUAUUAAGUGGUCAACGUCAUCCACCCAAUAAAGACCAUCCAUUAACGCCACUACUGAAAGACUGUCUAGCACCGUUGACAUGUCAUGUCGCCAUAAUGGCUCAUGUUAUGCACACCCAGUCGCAUACGGAUGCUCUAACGACCAUACAAUUAGCCUCACGUAUUCAUCGCAUGCGAAGGCGAAAGCAUCGUUUUCCUAUGGGUGGUGAUAAAUCAGGAAUGGGUGGUUUGGCCAAUGGCAUGAAUGCUGGUCAUCAAUCUACUGGUUCAUCUGCAGGCUCAGGUGCUGACCCUUCUAGUUCAGAGCUGUCAGCAGACACAGUCAUUUAUAUGGGACCUAGUGAUGAUGCCACGGAUGGUGAACAUCCCCCUGUCUAUUUGCCUUCUUUGAGUUGCGGCGACCAACGUGGUGUAAUGAGUAAAGCUUUAAAAGGCAGUGGUGUGGAAAAACAACAACCGAGCCCCUCCAAAAUACCAGGUUCAGCUAAAAAGGUGGUGGCACAAAAGACACCUCAAAGUCCUGUAGUGGCUGCUGGUCGUACUGGUAGUUUAAAACGCACAACUCAUGCUAACAGUCCUACAACUCAAGGUAAUACGGCGAGUGCCACACAACCCAUAUGUGAACAACCUCAGUUUUAUUCUCCGGUACAUAGUGUGAAAACUUUACCAAAUUCUGCCUCGUCGCCCAAGAUAGUUGCUGGUGCUUUAAGACAUCCUGGUAUGACCAUGAUGUGUACUAAAGCCUCAAAUGUUCCUUCGCCCAAAGGGUCUCCUCUAAGAAGACCGGGAGUAGGUGGUGCGGCCGCAGCCACUAAUGAAGCUGGCGAAUGUCCGGGUAGUCCUAUGCGUAAAAUUACCGAAGAACAAUGGAUCGAUGGUCCGCGUGUAUCCAGAGCUAAGGUGGCAGAAGCCAGACAUCUUAUGCGUGAAGUUAAUCAUAUAAAACAGUGUGAAACGUGGAUAGAUGGUCCCAAGUCACAGUCCAGUCGUUCCCUUACAGCCGGCAAUCUUCCUAUAGCUGCUUCCCAAGUCCAAGGUUAUGGUUUUAUGGAUUCCCAUAAAAAGUCUAUGAUACGACAAUGGGUGGAAUAUCAAACUUCUCAAGUCUUCCAAACGGCCUCGGCUGGUUCUUCACCUACACAUACGCACAGAGAACAACAAGCUCAGCAUUUGCGCAACAUUACCUACCAUAUGUCACAACUCAAACAAAAGUCUCUCGAUAAUCCCGAAGAUUUGUAUGCCACUAGUACUAGACAACAACAUCAUAACACAGGAGAUCAACAUUCGUUGCGCAGCAGUCAACUGGAAUUGGUUAAUCCCAUUGGCCCUGGUCUCAUCAAUAAUAUGGACACUACAAAUUCUUCCGCUCCCGCAGAAAUCCGAGAAGCCCAUCAUUAUCGUCAAAACUCCGGCCAUUCACAACCACCCUUAAGCUCACAUUUAACGCAUAACGAGACCUAUAUCAAUGAAGAGACUGAUUUACAUUCAAUACAUUCGCACGCCAAUAAUUUGUAUGGCUCUUUGGGUCAUCAUCAUGCUCCGCACAUACCCACUACAUCAGCUUCGGACACCAAUCUACCCACUGAUCGACAAGGUGAUUGUGAUGAAGAUCAAGAUAGUGGCCCUUCGGAAGUUCCUCCUGCACUACCUUUAAUUGAACCUUUAGGUUCAAGGGAAAUUUCCCACGAGAGUUUGCAUCGCAUAUUAUCGCGACAUGUUUCGCGGGAAUCUCUUUAUCAACAGCAACAGCAUGAGAUCAGACGUCAGGAAGAACAGUUGGUACAUCGUCAACUUUCAAGACAAUCUUCGCAUCAUUAUUCGCAGCAAAGUAUGCAGAUGUCGGAUUGCGGUAUGCAAGUUACGGAAGAGGAAAUCGCUCGGACAAUGGGUGUGGGUGAACAUCCUUUGGCUGCUUUGAGUCAUGUGGAAAAUAUGUCCAUUGUUUCGAGUUUCAAUAUGGCUGGUGAUGCGUUUAGUGACUGUGCCAUGGGUGAAAGAACGAGGAACCAAUUUGAUCAAUUAGCGCGUCUACGUGAAAUAUUCACCUCACAGCUAGCCAUGGCAGAAGUUACACCAGUUUUCCGCAGUGGUUGUGAUGUGGGCAGUGUUUACAGUGAGCCAGCCUAUCGUUUUAACACUGGACCAGGCAGUGUGUGCAGUGAACCACCUUAUCGAUCACCAAGUCCAAGACAGCCCUCUCGAAGUCCCAGUCAAGGCAGUCUACCCAGCUUAAAUGGUAUUAUGCAAAUAGCGGGCAUGGAACAAUACGCCUCCCUACGUCAUCCAGAUGGCGCUUCUGAUCCCAAUUUACCAAAAGUGGAAAAACCUUUUGUUUUGGAACAUGAAGAUAUUUGUGAGGUGGACGAAAAGUCAGCCUUACUCUCACCCUCUAAACGAUCAUCGUUGGAAAACGAAGAAGAACACGAUGAUGUUGUACUAACACAGCUAAACACCUCUCUACCCAUAACCAAUCAAUCCCAAUUACCUCUAUUACCCCUAAAUACCUCAUCGGAAGCCUAUGACAGUGGUCAUGAUUCCUCUACGCCUCGUACAUCGAAACACUCGGGCAUAUCGAGAAGAGCGGAAAGUGGUUAUCAUAGUGUGGCCACAGCCAGAGAUAGUGAUGAGAGCAGCUUUACUUCCGGUCUAUCUAAAGAGCAUCACAAUCGUAUAACGGUGAAAAAGAAACGACAGGAUAAAGGUUUGUGUACUUGGUUAAUAAAUCCAUUUACAUGUACCUAUCCAGAGACUGAGGGAGAAAUAAGCGAUUUUUAAAUUUGUGUUUAAAGUUAGAAAAACGAAAACCAAAACCCACCAGAACAAAGUAAACCAAGGAAACUUUUAAGCAUUUAAAUAAAUUUAUAAAAAAUAUAAACGAGAAUUGAGAAAUUCCCAAAAAGGCCAAAUUUUUAAAUUUUAAAGAAUUUGAAGAAACAUGACUGACAUUUUUUUAGUUUAUUUUUUGUAUUAGAUAAAUAUGAUUAAAGAAAAUAUAAAUAAAAAAGAAGAAGAAAAACUUGUUGUGCUUUAAAUUUGCAAAGAAAAUGAAAUAAAAGCUUUUAUAUAUUUAAAGCUUAAAGCUAAUGCUCAAGCUUUAAAGCAGCUAUUAUAAUUAAUAAACCUUAUUCCAAACAAACAAACAAACAUUAUAAUGAAAUUAGAAGAUAAACAACAAUUCAAAUUAUUUCUGUUCGAUUUGAGUUGCCAAGCUUCUCCACUAAACAAAAUAAAACCAUAUAUGAUUUUCUAAGUUUCUGAUAAAAAACAGCCUUAAAACUUUAAAGCUCUUUGCUUGAAAAAGUGUUAAGUUCCCAAAAGAAAGGAAUUAAUAGCAAGAAGGACUUUAAAUAAUAAUUUUGUUAAUUUUUAUAAUUUAAAUUUAAUUUUAAAAUUUUUUUUUGUUCAUUGUUAUUAAAAUUUAGCUUAAAAACUGUUUAAAAGUAUUGACAAACAAAAACAAACACAAACUAUUAGUUUAAGUAUAAUACCAAGAGAAAAACUUAAAAUACACAUAAAAUCAUAUUAAAAGAAAUAUAUAAAAUUUUGUUGCCAGUUUUGCCUAUUUAAACUAUGUUAAAGGUUUAUUAAAAAGUAUAAUUAAUUAGCAAAAAAAAAAAAUCAUUCAA